AUGUCUCUACUGGACUCCAGCGCCAUGCGUUUGAGAGUGCAGCUGGGUAAGAAGCGCAACAGGAGAGCCCCUCCCUCUAGAGUCGCCAGCCACAGCGCACUGCUGUCUGUCCUGCCAGAGAACCAGUACAAAGAUUCCACAGAAGAGAAGGGUGAGCCAUGUGAGCAGGAGGAUCCUGACUCUGAGGAGAAACUAAGAGGUGCCCCCUCUUCCUCCUCCUCCUCCUCCUCGUCUCAGCCCCAGAGAGUGGCCCUGUUCCCAGGCAUGGACCCCUCUGCCCUCAAGGCCCAACUGAAGAAGAGAAGUGACUCUGAUAGCCCACCAGAGGGCACUGUUGCUCCCUCUCCAUCUCAGCUCUCUCUCUCCCCAAAGUCACCCUUCCUGCUCGAGUGCUGCCCCCACCCACUGCAGGCAAAGAGAAUGGCGAGCGACCUCAAGCAGUACGAGUCGGCAACAACAUCUUGA